CUAAAUGUUUUUUUGACUGUGUGCAUAUCUGAGUAUAUGUGUGUUUGUCCCCUCCUUGCCUUUCCUUAUUCCUAUCCCAGACAGUCAAACAGAAAAAGGGGAGACAAAGGACUAGCCCUGAGGACAGCAAAGGGUUAUUGAGACCAUUAUGGCCUCAGCUACUUCCCUGACCAUCCUGGAAGAUGAAGUCAAUUGCCCCAUCUGUCAAGGCACCCUGAGAGAGCCUGUUACCAUUGACUGUGGCCACAACUUCUGUAGGGGAUGCCUUACUCGCUACUGUGAAAUCCCUGGUCCUGAUCCUGGUGAGCAACCCAUCUGUCCACUCUGCAAGGAUCCCUUCCAUCCUGAAGGACUCCGGCCUAAUUGGCAGCUGGCUAAUGUUGUGGAAAACAUCGAGAAGCUAAAGUUGGCACCUCCUCCAGUCCUGGGAGAGGACCUCUGUGAGGAACAUAAGGAAAAAAUUUACUUCUUCUGUGAGGAUGAUGAAAAGCAGUUGUGUGUGAAGUGCCGGGAAGCCCUGGACCACAGGACUCAUACUGUGCGUUUCCUAGAGGAUGCAGCAGAUCCUUACAGGGAACAAAUCCAUAGAUGUCUAGAAUCUCUGAAGAAUGAGAGAGAAGACAUUCAAGGAAUCUGGUCCAGGGAAGAUCAAAGGAUCCAGGUCUUAUUGACUCAGGUAGCCACCAAGAGAGAGAAGGUCAUGUCAGAAUUUGAGCACAUGUGCCAGUUCCUGGAGAAGCAGCAGUCCUCACUUUUGACCCAGCUGGAAGACUUGGAUGGACACAUUUUGAAGCAGAAGAAUGAGUUUGAGUCCCUUGUCCAGAGUGAGAUCUGCCGUUUUAAUGCUUUGAUAUCAGAAUUGGAAGAAAAACUGGAGCGCCCAGCAAGAGAGCUCCUGAAGGACAUCAGGAGCACCUUGAUCAGGUGUGAAACCAGGAAGUGCCGGAAACCAGAGGCUGUGUCACCUGACCUGGGUGAGAAGAUCCGGGACUUCCCUCAACAGGCCGUUCAACUGCAGAGGGAAAUGAAGAUGUUUCUGGAAAAACUGCUCUUUGAACUGGACUAUGAACCAGCCCAUAUCUUCUUAGACCCCCAGACAUCCCACCCCAAGCUCCUUCUAUCAGAAGAUCAACAGCGGGCCCAGUUUUCCUACAAAUGGCAGACCUCACCAGACAGUCCACAACGUUUUGACCGGGCCAUCUGUGUCCUAGCUCAGGCUGGCUUUGUGGGAGGGAGGCACACAUGGGUGGUAACUGUGGACCUGGCCCAUGGGGGCAGCUGCACUGUGGGUGUGGUGAACCAGGAUGUCCGACGGAAAGGAGAACUCAAGCUUAGGCCAGAGGAAGGGAUAUGGGCCGUGCGCCUGGCCUGGGGUUUUGUUUCAGCUUUGGGCUCCUUCCCUACCAGGCUGUCCCUGGAAGAGAAUCCCAGGCAAAUCCGUGUCUCCCUUGAUUAUGAAGUGGGCUGGGUGACAUUUAGCAAUGCUACCACUCAAGAGCCCAUCUAUACCUUCACUGCCUCUUUCACUGGGAAGAUCUUUCCCUUCUUUGGGCUCUGGGGCAGAGGAUCCAGUUUCUCCUUAAGCUCUUGAGAGGGAAAAGACCCUUUUCUGGAUGAGGUAGGGGUGAGAGGGGUCAACAGUGUGUCACAUAUAAGCUUGGUCCUAGUCACCUGUGAAACUAGGAGAGAUUGUGUCCAAUGUCACACAUUAGUGAGAAGCAAAAGAGGAAUUUGAACCCCUAUUCUCUACCUUCCAAAUCUACUAGUGACUCCCAGAGACUUUCCACUGUCCCUUUCCUCCCCAGAGAGGCUCAGGUUAUGGCUAUUCUCCCUCUUAAACUACCUUAGAGAAUUUCAAAUGAUUCCCCCAAGCCUACCCAUGGAGGAAGGGGAGUCAGGAGUUCAGUGGUGCCAUCCUAUGUGCCUGACAGUCUCAGACCCCACUGUCUGCCAUUCUGGAUAGAUACUCAGCCUGAGGAGAAGAAGAUAGAGAAAGGAACCUUGCCCAAGACUGAUGGGCUGAGAAUAUGAAACCAAAUGCCCUUGUCUAUCUUACCCAUCUUUUUGCCUCUGUACCAGGAUCACACAACCCCUGGGGGCAUUUAUCUCUCUCUUGCUCUCUCCCACCCCUAAUCUACUUACCAUCUAAUGCCAAUGAAGGGAAAUAGUGAGAAGAAGGAAAUGAACAAAAGAUGUCCAAAUGGUAGCAUAAGGGUAGUGAAGCCAUUUGCGGGGUCCUGAAUGCAGCCAAGGGGUUUGUGUUCCAUGACCCAUGGUCUCCAGCCCAAUGAAUGGCAAAUGAAUUCAACAUUCUCUUCUAACACAGGACAGUAAGGGUUGUCCGAGGGGGAGGGAGGAAGGGAGUUGGAAAAAUUCAGACUAGAAGAAGAUUAGCAGUGGGAAUGGGGUUGAGCUGAAGUGAUGAGUGAGGUCUUUGAGAGAUGGGCUUCCCUGUGGAAUUCUGUAAAGGCGGCUAUAGCUACAUGUGUGAUGUGUGCAGAGUAAUAGUGAUUCCCAGAGAUCUGCUUCACUGUUGCUGGGACUUAGUAUAUGGCCUAACAUUUUACUGCAUGGGUAAAUAGGAAAUAGAAUGAUACAUUAGCUUUGUUUGACCCAUUGUUGAAUCUUAAGUUCUGCCAACAAUAAAACAUCAUCUUGAUUGCAAGAGGGACUUGAGUUCUAUAGCAUAAAGAACUUCCCAUUUAGAAGGGAUGUAGGGCACUGGAGAGAAGGGGACUGAGGGAGUUAAGUGAUAUCUUCACUUUAAGUAUAUCCAUCUACAGUGAUUUCACUGGGACUCUUACCUAGAGAUGGAUUCAGAUGUGAUGACCCACCAAUAACAGAAUCCACCUUUAUUGAUAGCAAAGAUGGAUUCUGAUUAAUCUUGCCUCUCUGGAGUCCACAGGCAGCCAGUCUGCUCAGUUCCUUCUUCUGUUUACAAUCAGUUCACAAUUAUCCAGAGUUAUGGUUUAUUUGGAAUAAAUCUUAUUGUCA